GCGGAGAACCGAAGCAAACAGCACCAUGUUCCGCAAUCAAUAUGACACGGAUGUGACUGUGUGGAGUCCCCAGGGUCAUCUGCAUCAGAUUGACUACGCCAUGGAGGCCGUCAAGCAAGGGGCUGCGUGCCUUGGUCUUCGCAGCAACACCACGGUCGUGUUGGCCGCCAUCAAGCGAGUCCAGACCGAACAAUUGGCCGACCCGACGAAAAAGCUGUUCGAAAUCGACACCCACAUGGGCAUUGCCAUCGCUGGGUUGACGGCAGACGCGCGCUCGUUGGCGCGGUUCAUGCGUACGGAAUCUCUCAACCACAAGUUCGUGUACGGCAGCGCGCUUCCCGUUGCUCGUCUCGUGAGCGAUGUCGCCGACAAGAAGCAAGAGUGCACACAGUCCUACGUGCGACGUCCGUAUGGCGUGGGUCUGCUCGUUGCGGGCGUGGAUAAAAACGGCCCCCACCUCUUCCAGACGUGUCCUUCCGGCAACUACUACGAGUACAACGGCAUUGCCAUCGGUGCUCGUUCCCAAUCUGCGCGCACAUACUUGGAAAAGCACUACCUGACGUUCCCUCCAUUGGGCAAGGACGACUUGAUCAAGCAAGCUCUCCAGGCGAUCCGAGGGUGCUUGGAAGGCAACCAGGAGCUGUCUGCGACCAACAUCUCGAUCGGUGUCGUGGGGGUGAACCAAGCGUUUACGAUCAUCGAAGGCUCCGCGUUGCAACCUUAUAUCGAUGCCGUGGAAGUGGCGGACGUGACCGACGACGUGUCGAUGACCUAAUGUGUCCACACCAAGAGCUAGGUCCAUCUAGUCGUGUCUGUAAUGUACUAAUCAUGCUUGACACCUCCCCCUGACUACUGCA